AUGAAAACUGAUUGGGCAGAUGCAAAACGGGAGGUGAUUAACCCACAUCCCGUGACUACUUUCGUUGUGUCAACAGAUUCCAUCUCAAUAGUCAAGUCCUUUAGAUCCCCGAGUGUUGAUUGCGGCUCUACCCAAUUCAAGUCACAGCUGGGCAGCUUGAGCUUCACACCGAAGAUGUCAUCAUCCUCAGAGUCAAGAGCGAUAACCGUCAUCGGAGCAGGAGUGAUCGGUCUUACGACCGCAUUGCUCCUCAGCAAAGACGCGAGGAACAAAGUCUUGGUCAUUGCCGAGUUCAUGCCUGGUGACUACGACAUUGGAUAUGCGUCCCCAUGGGCCGGAGCCAAUUUCUUCCCCACGGCAGAACAAGGCACGCUCCAAGCGCAGCUUGAGCAGGAGACUUGGAAAGUUCUCAAACAUUUGGCCUCAUCUGUGCCGGAGGCCUGCGUUCACUUCCAGGAAGCUGUGGUUUACACUCGAGAAGAAGAUGUGGGCCUGGCGGGGCCUUUGUUCGUUGGCCCAGGAAAAGAGCCAUGGUGGAAAGAGGUGUGUCGCGUCGUCCGUUCAGAGGAACUCCCUCCAGGUAUUGCUGCGGCGACGAAAUUCAAGACGGCUUGCAUCAACCCGGCUCUCUAUCUUCCCUACCUAGUUUCCGAGUGUCGUCGCCGGGGCGUCAUAUUCAGGCGCCAAAAGGUGGGAAACAUUUCAGAUGCUCAAGAAGUGUGCCAUCCAAAUGGGAAAAUCACGGAUAUUCUUGUCAAUGCGACGGGCCUAGGCUCGAAAACACUAAAGGGUGUCGAGGAUUCGACACUCUUCCCAGUCAGAGGGCAGGCUGUGCUCGUUGAGAACGACCCUGGCUAUAUGAUGGCUGUUACUUCUGGAAGGGACGGUAAAAGACUAGGCUAUUGCAUGACCAGGGCUGCUGGGGGUGGAACGAUCCUGGGAGGAUGCUUCCAAACCGACAAUGUUGAGUCGACCGCUGAUUUCAACCUUGCGAGUCAAUUUAUGAAGACUGUUGUGGACUUAUGUCCUUCGAUCGUGAAACCAGGCCAAGGUAUUGAAGGACUUAAGAUCAUACGUCAUGGCGUAGGAUUGAGGCCCAUGCGACGCGACGGCCCCAGAAUUGAAUUGGACGACCAAAACAAGACAAUAAUUCAUUGUUACGGCCAUGGUAGUUAUGGUUAUCAGACAAGUUGGGCAAGUGCGGAGAGGGUGGUAAAGUUGGUCAGGGAGACUGAACAGGCUCAGCAGCCGACAUUGAAGAGCCCGCAGUGA